CCGGAGUCUGAGAAGUAGCUUUCAGCUUCAUAGCUGUAUCGCAUGCAUUACAUAGUGAUAAAGAUUGGAUCGUUGGCCAAAGAAAUAGGCCUGCCAUACCAUUUCUUUCAUCCAGCGCCAUUUGACUUUUGGUCUACAAUUAGCUAGCAAGUCAUGGCCCCGAGGGCGUCUAGGUCGAAACGAGGCGCGGCACCUGCAUCUAGGGGACGUCAGACUCGGAACACUGCGACUCCCCGUGACACUGCAUCUCCGCGACCUACGAGCUCACUGUCCUCUGCGAGGUCUCCUCAAGAUGUCGGCGCUUUCGAGAUUGGAAACGAGGCUAUAGAAGAGCAAGAGGUACAGCAGGAUGAUGCUGAGCAGGAAGACGAGGAUCAAGAUGAGGAUGAAGGAGACGGAGAAGAUGUCGAUGUGCUGGAGGAGGAGGCUGAGCCAAUGACCAUCAACCCAAUGGCAUUCUUGGGUCAGCCUGCUCCUACUGGUGGGUCUCUUCCGGCAGUAGCAGGCACUGCUGGAGAUAAGGAGGACGAGGAAGAAGGAGAUGAGGAAGGGGAUGAAGAAGAAGGAGAUGACGACGAUGAUGAGGAAGAAGAUGACGAGGAAGAAGAUGACGAUGACGAAGAAGAAGGAGAUGAAGAUGAGGAAGAAGAAGACGGAGAUGAGGAGGAGGAUGGAGACGAUGACGAAGAAGAGGAUGACGAUGAUGAUGAUGAGGAAGAAGAAGACGACGAAGGAGAAGGUCCAAUUUAUCGAUAUCCCGCUUCUGUACCGGAUUGGACAGCACUUUCCGAUCGAGAGAAGCGAUUCAAGUUGGCUCGAUACUUUCCCUGUGCCAUUCCUGGUUGCAAAUGCCCAGGUCUGUCACCGCCCAGUGGAUCCACUGUCGUCCUUCAAUCUCGAGAAGAAGCAGACGCUGAUGAGAGGGAUGUCGACAUGGACGGAGACAAUGAGAACCGGACGGAAGAGGGAUGGUGGAAAGUGUGCGGAGAAUGUGGUCAUGGAUGGGAAGAUGCUGGACACGUCUUGCCACAUGGGUUGGAUCAGGAUGAAAAAAGUAGACGAGGGAAAGCGGUUGGGAGGAUAGAAGAAUUGUUGCAGGAGGGAGAUCUCUUGACCACCUUCCCAACCCCUCGACCGCCCAGCCUCACAUCGCUGUUUAAGCAGCUUCAACAAUUCCAGCGACCGACUGGUGGCAAGAAGCCUGCUGUUCCACUACCCGCUGCUUUCGACAUGACUGAACCUGGGACUCCCUUGACACCUGCCGAGGACGGCGAAGAAGGGUUGGAAGAUGGCGAUGAUCGGCCCAGGAAACGCCGGAAAGGCUCUGCAGAGGCUGAGGAAGGUGAAAAUGAGGAAUCGGGAGCACAGACAACCAACCAGAAAUCUGGCAAGACCACAGCUGGAAAGGGAACGAAGCCUCGAGGCGUCGUCAGAGGCUCGAGAGGUCUCGUUCCGACUGAAACGGACGCAGAUGGCAAUGUUCAUAUCGGAGGAAGGUUACCUGACAGUGCGAUGGGAGACGGUGAGGUUGAUGAAGCCGGAAGUGAGGAGGGCGUGCCAUUAGCCAAGCGACCCGAGCUGGAUGAAGGUGAAAGGCGGCGUCGUGAGCUCAUCAAAGAGAAGGCCAAGGAAAGGGAGAACAAGGUGUUGCGAAGGAUGAACAAGGAGGCGGACGGCGUUGAAGAGGAGGGCACCGAGGAAGGUCCAGGAGCGGGCGGCGACGUGGAAGUGUGGGAAGGAGUCGAAUUUAGAAAACUUCCGCCCAGACCUGCUGCCAUUGAAGAGUCGAACCGAGAGAUUAUGCUCAUAGUCGUUUCAUCCCGUAAUCCUACGCCAGUCGCUUCUAUCCUCCUGAUUGGACUCAAGAAUCUCUUCCAACGUCAAUUACCCAAGAUGCCUCGAGAAUAUAUCACGCGACUGGUGCUCGACAAGAAUCACAUCAGUAUCGCCAUCGUCAAGCGAGGCUGGAAAGUCGUCGGAGGAAUCUGCUAUAGACCGUUCGAGAGUCGAGGAUUCGCCGAAAUUGUCUUUUGCGCCAUUGAUAGCUCGGAACAGAUCAAGGGAUACGGCUUUCACCUCAUGAACUCGCUCAAGGACCAUGUCCGGAAAGCUCAUCCCUCCAUCAAUCAUUUCCUCACGUAUGCCGAUAAUUACGCCGUUGGGUAUUUCAAGAAGCAAGGUUUCAGCAAAGAGAUCAAUUUCGACAGGGAACGUUGGGUUGGGUAUAUCAAAGACUAUGAAGGAGGAACCAUCAUGCACUGCAACAUGCUGCCGAAAGUGCGUUACAUGGAGGUUCAGCAGAUGCUCGCCGAUCAGCAAGCUGCUGUACUGGCCAAGAUCAGGACUAUCUCCAAGAGCCAUGUUAUACAUCCUGGGAUCAAAAAGUUCAAGGACAAGAAACCAGGCCAGGAGAUCAAGCUCAAGAAAGAGGAUGUGCCGGGUCUUGCUGAGAGCGGUUGGAAUCCGGACCUAGACGAGAUUAUCCGUCAGCCCAAGCGCAAUCCCGAUCACGUAUAUCUUCAAUUGGUCUUGGACGAUAUGCAGAACGAACCAUCAGCGUGGCCUUUUAUAAAACCUGUAGAUUCUAAAGUCGUCGUGGAUUACUACGAUGUGAUCAAGGAGCCCAUGGACCUUUCAACCAUGGAGUAUAAACUCGAAAGCAAUCACUACACCGGGAUUGACGACUUCAUCGCUGAUGCCAACCUCAUUUUCCAGAAUUGUAGACAGUAUAAUGGCGAGAAAAGUACGUACACGACUCAGGCAAAUAGGCUGGAAAAGGCUAUGGAGAGAAUAUUGAAGGCGAGAAAGACAAAGAGCGGCUGAGUUAGGCCUGUAGGAUGUCCAGGCGCAUAUUGUUGUUAUGUUGUUGUACUCAAAGCAUCAUUGCAUCCUCUA